UGAAGGUCAGUCCAAAUUCAUCUGGAAAUGACAAGCUUUAUAAUACAGCUUUUUUCUUUUCUUUUUUUAAAAACUUGUUUUCUGUUGCAGUUCCUAAGUUGGAUGCAUCAUAAGUUGAUGCAUAAUAACAUAGAGAGAAUGAAGAACUCCACAAUAGAUAAAUCAUUGUUUGAUGAGCACUGUGUUGAGCCUAGCACAUACAUCAAAUGCCUAAAAGCUUCAAACAGCUUUGAGGUCGAUAGUGUGGAAUUGCCCUACCAAGAAGAAUCAUUGGACCUGUUUGACUUUCUUUCAAUUGGCACAUUUGGUAUGGAGCUACCCAGUGCAGACCCCCCAACACCAACACUUGCAAUGCCCUAUGAAAAGAUGAGUAAUAAUCAGACAGAGAUAACAGAAAAUGAUCUCAAGCUAAUAAGCCAUGAGCUUGAAAAGUUUCUUGAAGCUGAGGAGGAGAUUGCAAAUGACAUAUCUGCAAGGAACAGUCAAGCAGGCUUAACAAAUCUCAACAAUAAGCCACUUGAGAGAGCAGAUUCUGAAGGACAAAUCCACAUUGCAGAUUUUCCUCUUCAAAACUAUCUCUUUGCCAAUGCAACUGGAUUGAUUGAGGCAGAAAAAGAGAUGAAAAAAGAAAAAGUAUCCCUUGAAGAGCUCUUUAGGAGGAAUAGCACAGUCACUGAUAAUCAUAAAGAGAUUUAUGGAGCUGAACAACAUCCAAGGAAAAAAAAUGCAGCAAUUUUUGUGAAAAAGUUGUUGAGGAAGUUUUGCUCCUCAUCAAGUAACUCUAUGGUCCCUUCUAAGAAUGAUGCUGCUGCAUCCAUUUCCAUAAAGAAAAAGCUCUCCAAGGCUCUAAAAAUGCUACACAAGAAAGUUCACCCUGAAGAAAUGACUCAGGAACAUACUGCUAAGCUGCAAAAGGGUAACAAGAAAAACAAUGGCCACAAGGAUUCCUGUCAGACCAGAGAAAAUGAUGAAAACAAUCUGGUUCUUCAGAAAAACAGGAUAAUAAAUCAGAAGCAAACCAUGAAGCUAUCUCCAAACGGUAUCUGCAAAGAUGCUUCAACAAUCAACGGAGAGCACUGGAUUAAAACAGAUUCUGAUUACUUGGUCUUGGAGUUAUAGGGGCAAAAACAAUAAAAGUUAAGGUAAGCAUCUUCUCCCCUAUUUCAGCACCAGUGUGGAGUUUUCUCAAGAAUGUAUGUUUGUGAGUA